AUGGCCAACUCAAAGCUUGGAGUAGAUGAGGAGGACAAGUUCGUCGAAUCGAUGUUUCAAGAGGCCGAACUUGAAGGCGCUGAUGUGAUAGAUUUUGCGGGCUUUGAAAAGCUGCUUGGAAAUCAAAUGGAGCGUUUCAGCAAUACGUCAAUCGACUUCAAAGGUGCAAAGUCCGCAAUGGGCAAAACAAAGAUUAACAAGAAGAGCUCAAAAGAAAUCAAGUUUAAGUCUGUGAAGAGAGUCUACUCACCUAUACAAUCUAACAUCAGAUAUUGUCUUCAGUAUAUUGAAAAUAGCAGGAGACAGUUGUUCGUACUUCUUUUGUAUCUCGGUAUUUGUCUGGGUGUCUUCGCAGAACGAUUUUACACAUACCAGGUGGAAAAGAGAGAGGUUGGGAUGCGUCAACUGGUCGGCUUUGGGCUGCCAUUUGCUAGAGGUUCAGCUGCUGCAAUGUCGUUUUCAUUUGCGGUCCUUCUCAUCAUUACACAUGUGGCAGGACAUUGCUCAAACUUCUACCACUUGACAGCUCAUCCACUUGAAUACCUUUGUUUCCUGAGAGAAUUAGCAUUCAGCUCUGACAACCCCCCGACUUUCUCAUACUGGGUCUACAUGACACCAGUGGGGCUAACAGGUGUCGCCAUCUAUCUGAUCAUGUGGGCCAUGUACUUGUUUGCAACCCCAAUUGCUAGGGGCGCCAUCUUUAAUGCAUUCUGGACAUCACAUAAAGCUUUCGUCCUCAUAUAUGUGCUGACAAUAAUUCAUGGAAGUGGACGCCUGUUGCAGAACCCCUGGUUUCCGUAUUAUAUCACAGGGCCUGCCAUUCUCCUUGCACUAGAUAGGAUAGUUAGUAUUAGCAGAAAGAAAAUCAAACUUGAUGUGAUCAAAGCCGAAUUACUUCCCUCAAAUGUUACCAUGUUGAAAUUCAAACGACCACACGACUUUGAGUACAAAUCGGGUCAAUGGAUAAGGCUAGCCGUUCCCGACCAGGGGAAGGACGAGUUCCAUCCAUUCACGCUCACAUCUGCCCCCCAUGAGGACCACCUCUCCGUACAUGUGAGGGGUAUUGGUCCUUGGACUCUGAAUCUCAGAAAAACCUAUGAGCCGACAAAGACUCAAGGAAAGAAUUUCUCAAAAGUAGAGGUCGAUGGUCCAUUCGGGGCUGGACAACAAGACUGGAACAAAUUCGAAGUUGCCAUUUUGAUAGGUGGCGGUAUAGGUGUUACACCAUAUGCUUCAAUUCUCAAAGAUUUUUCCCAUAUGAUGGCGCAUGGUGGCAGAAGGCGUGUCAUAUGCAAGAAGGUGUAUUUCCUUUGGGUCACUAGUUCUCAUCACCAGUUCGAGUGGUUGAUUGAUAUUCUUAGGCAAGUCGAGGAAAUUGAUAAAGACAACGUAGUCAGUAUACAUUGCUUCAUUACACAGUUUUUCCACAAGUUUGAUCUGAGGACCACAAUGCUUUAUAUUUGCGAAGAACAGUUCAAAAGCCUAUCAAAAAGAAGUAUAUUCACAGGGCUACGAGGAGUGACACAUUUUGGUCGUCCCCAAUUCGAUCAGAUAUUUACGUCGGUGUGUGCCAGUCACCCGGAUGUUGAUCGAGUAGGGGUGUUCAGUUGCGGUCCAGUGGGCCUCACAAAAACCGUUGAACAGGCCUGUCAUGGAUUGGGGAAACAUGGCAGUGUCAAAUUCAGCCAUCACUAUGAAAACUUUUAG